CAUGCUAAUGAAAUAUUUGAUACAUUCCUGUUUAUAUAUUUCAGAUGUGUUGUAUGUAUGGGUGCACUUGUACUAAGUACGCUUUCAACAAUAAGAGAUUUUGAACCAUUAAUGACGAAUACAGUGAUGUAUAUAGAGCCAAUUUUGUUAUUAUGGUUAGUAGUUGAAUAUUCUGUUAGAAUAUGGGCGUCAGGAUGCAGAUCGCGUUACCAGGGUUACCAAGGAAGACUGAAAUUUGCUCAACGGCCCCUUUGUAUAGUAGAUGCAGUUAUAAUCUUGUCCACAUUAUUGGUAAUACUAGUAGGGAGCACAGCCGAUAGAUUUGCUGCCUCCACUCUAAGAGGUCUACGAUUCUUCCAAAUAUUACGAAUGGUGAGAAUGGAUCGUAGAGCAGGCACUUGGAAAUUAUUAGGCUCUGUUGUAUGGGCCCAUAGAAGAGAACUUUUAACGACCUUGUAUAUUGGAUUUCUUGGUUUAUUAUUUUCAUCAUACCUCGUGUAUCUCGCUGAGAAAGAUUAUAACAAACACAAAUUUGGCACGUAUGCAGAUGCCCUUUGGUGGGGCGUGGUAACUUUAUGUACGGUUGGGUAUGGAGACGUUGUACCAGAGACGUGGGCGGGAAAACUUAUAGCGUCAUUUUCCGCAAUUUUAGGAAUAGCAUUCUUUGCUUUACCUGCCGGUAUUUUAGGUUCCGGUUUUGCUUUGAAAGUGCAGCAGCAACAACGUCAGAAACAUCUUAUUCGAAGGCGAGUUCCUGCAGCGUUACUUAUUCAAAGUCUGUGGCGGUGCUAUGCUGCCGAUGAACAUUCUAUAUCCAUAGCAACAUGGAAACCUCAUAUGAUUCCCUGUCCGAGCCCAACAACUGAGAGGCCUUUUAAACAAAAUGCGUCCUUUGUAAGCAGAUUCUCUACACGCCGUAAAGAUAGAGGAAGUGUGAAUUCUAAUUCGAACAAUAACAAUAGCGGCAAUGUGAGCCCGCACUCGCCUAUGGUACCACGAAGGGAGCGGAAUAAACUGGGGUCAUAUUCCGAAGACGAUGUUCCGGAUACAAUUCAAAGCUUCGUUAACCGAACAUGGAGUCAUCUAAGUUUAGCUACUGGUUUGGUUGACCAACGAGUUGAUAGGAUUGCCAUGCUCAAAGAUACUUCGCUACAAUCUGUUUUCUGCUCAAAACAGGAACAAUCUGAAGAUGAGUCCGACCUGUCUCCAAAAAUAAGAGACCUGACAGACACAGACAAGAAAGCAAUACGGUCACUUAGGAAGAUAAAGUAUUUUGUUGCCAGAAAAAAAUUUAGGGAGGCUUUAAGACCCUAUGAUGUCAAGGAUGUUAUCGAGCAAUACUCGGCAGGUCAUGUUGAUAUGCUUAGUCGAGUAAAAAGUCUACAAUGCAGGCUUGAUCAGAUUCUCGGUAAAUCUGGAAGUAAGAAUAAAGAUGUUUACGAGUCAAAAGUAAGCUUGUCCUCAAGAAUUGUAAAAGUAGAAAGACAGGUCGAAGAUAUAGAAUCAAAACUGGAUCUUCUCAUUGAUCUAUAUAAAGAUGACAGGAAGAUUUUGCUAAACCCGAACCAUUCAAGCAGUACGCCAGAAAGAUCACCAAAUGGAAUAGAUUCACACCAUCCAAAACCUAGAUCAAUACUUAUUGAUAAACAGCACGCUAGUGAACCAUCAUCUCCUAUUACAGAGAAACAUGAUAAAAAAGUAAUCAUGAGAAAUCAUUCCGACCUUAGUUCAAGGAUGAGGAAACGCGUCACCUAUAAGUUACAAUCCGCUCCAUUUAAGAACAAAAUAUCUCACGAUGGUUUUGGACGUUCUGAGAAAAGCCCAAAAGAACUUCCAAUAAACGAAUUAAGUCCCUUAUAUACAAUUAAAAGUAAUUCUACCGAAAACGAACCUUCUGAUUUAAAAGAAAUAUGCAAUGCAUCAAUCAAUGAACAAAGAACAGGUAAUGACACGUUAGAAAAUACAACUGAUGGUGCAGAACAUAGUCUUGAAAAUGAUGAUAAAAAUGUGAAUAAUGAAAAUGUAGGGAAUUUACUUAUAGAACACAAUACAGAAACUGAGAGCAAGGAUAUUGAAGAGGGUAACUCUGCUUCAAUAUUACCUGCCGUUUCUAUGUGUAAUUCAAUAGGGCAUGAUAUCGAAAAGUCACAGACAGAAUGUCUUAUUGAUAUUGGUGAAUGUGACAAUUCAGAAGACCUAACGACAAAAACCUACGUUCCAGUUUGUAACAGUGACCAGUCAAGGGAACAUGUUGUUCUUGUUCCGCUUGGUUCCAUGCAAGCGCUUGCAGCCGAUUCAUCGGAUGUUUGAUAUAGCCGGCUUGUUACAUCAUUGCUAUAUUGACACAUACAAUAUGUAUCAUUUGAAUUUUUAAAUGGAAUUAAAUGAUCCUUGGGCUAUAUAUUAGUGUUAUAGAGAUGGAAAAGUGCAAUAGAAUUACGCUCUCGAGUAUCAUAUAAUUUGAUGGAUUUUACCAUUGUUUAGUGUUUUAUUACAACCGCAUUUGUUUUUAAAAAAUGUCAACAACAACAAGUUAUGAGAGAAUUAUAUAAACAUUUAUUAACAUAGAUAGACAAAUGCUUACCAAUUUGAUUAUUCAUGUGUGAAACCAAUUGGAAUGUCAUCAGUUACUGUUGUCGUCACAAACAAUCACCGUACGAUAGAAAUGAUUUCGACUGAUUGAUACCAAACUAUUUUCUCAUUUUUUAAAGAUAGCUGUAGAAACAAAAACAGGUGGAAAUCCCCUUUUAAUUAAUUUCACUUUCACAUAAAUUAUUCCCAACAAAUGUCUUUGCUCUGACUCUAUUUCAAUGUAAUAAACGAAGUUAAAUUAUUUAAAAUCACCCCGUAAGGCAAAUGUUAUAACUAGCAGUUGUUGUUCCUACAUUAAUUACUCAUACUUUAAAUAUAAAUGCAAAUUAUUUAAUCACGUUUCUGGUGUAAAAUCUAAAUCAACUGAACUACGAUACAUGAAUUGCAUCAUAAACAAUACUUUCAAACUCUCUUUCGGUACCAUAAUAUAAAUGUGCAAUGCAUAAUGAUAACCCAGAAAUAUAAAGUAUUAUGUAAAAUAUAAGACAAUAUAAUGCUGACGGCAAAAGAAGCUAGAGAACAAGAGUGUGUUUUGUAUUUAUUCUUUAAUAGCUUCAUAUAGAAUAUAAAAUGUUUGAAUAGACAAAAAAAAGAUGAUCUGUUUUAUUUUUUAUUUAUAAAAAUAACAAACCACUUUACACAAAUAUAUGAAUAUGAAAUUUGCGUUGUUCAAAAUGAGACCGAAUCUUUUAAAUUGUGUGUUGAUUUGGAAUUGUUUACAUGCCUUCAUGAUUACAUAACUUAUGUAUUUAAAUUGCUUGUUCUUUGAGAGAAAUAAGAAACGUUUGUGCUCAAAAUGUGCAAUUGUGUUCAAACAGAUUAUGAACUGAAUAUUUUUAAUUUCAAUAAUAGAUAUAACAUGUAAUUGUGUUCCCUAACGACCCAGUUCUGCUGAAACCGGUUGUGAUAAGCCUUUUCACUAAAAAAAGAUCAAUGCAUGCCUGCACUUCCGUGCAGUCUGACCAUGCUCUAAAUGUUGAUAAAUCAUGAUUAUAUCUUUAGAUAAAUUAUUUCAAUUUUUUAAGUGGCGACGUAGCUGAGUGGUUAACGCAUCGGACUAGUAAUCUAAUGAUCGCUAGCCGCAUGGGUUCAAACCCCAUCAGGGGCAAGUCGUUGUUUCCUGGAGCAAGAAACUUUUCACUCAUUGCUCAGUACUGGUUGGUUCCAGAAACGGAUUCGAAGGGUGGUCUAGAAGCUUAAAGCUUCCUAAAAAGUCGAGCUUAAAUAAAUUAUGUAUAAACCAACUCCUUUUACAUUUUUUGGACGGUCCCAAAUUCAAAGUUGGAUGAAUGUAUUGAACAAUUUCAGCAGGUAAAGGUAUUUUCUAAAUGUGUCAUUGGGGUAAUGUAAAUGUCAACAGAUUUUGCUCAAGAUUUACAGUUGCAGAAUGGCAUUAAAACGGCUAACUGUACAGCAUUGUGUAAGUCAAACUAUGUUAGUUUUUUGUCAAUUUAAACAAAAUUUUAUGAACUGUUAUUGUUACGAAUGGUUUGUUAAUAUUUUAAAUCUAAAAAUAUUGUGUCAAUAAAUAUUUCAAACAA